UUGUUAAGGUCAGUUGGAUUUUUUUUUAAAUUGGGAUGUCAGUGUGAUCAAACUAUAUAAUUGAAAUUUACGUGCUUCAGAAAGAAAUAUUUAACUUUGAUAGAGUGUAAGGACACGAAAUGAUAAUAGUGAUAAAGUGAAAGGAUAUAGCAAUGAUCACAAUUGACUGUUUGCUAGUAAAAAAUUUGUAAAUUUUUUUUCGUGUGCAAAAUGAAGAGUGAAGUUCCUAAGAAAUUUAAGCUUUUUUCGGAUAUCACUUCAAUGAUGGCAAAUGAGCUUGGAUAAUGAUACCGAGUUAUCUUCCUUGUACGUGCCAAGGAAUACACCUCUGAUCGAACUGGAUUCAAUAGAAAAUCAAGAGGGUGGAGCAAUGUAUAUUUCUUGUGGGGAUGAUGGAGCUGCUGGCGUGGAGUCUGAGAUGGGCUACGUUCCAAAUAAUCCAUUAUUUGGAUUACCUCUCGAUAGUCCUCAGGAGUGUGCUCCGACGUGCAGUGGAUGUGCAAGUUGUCAUACGGGAUCAUCAAUACCAAUUCCAGGACUUCAUGGAUCGGAUUUCGAUUGUGAUAACUGUCUAGAUCACAACGGAGUUCUAAGUUCAUCACAGCUCAAUUCUCAAUCCAACCUUGGUGCUGCAUAUUGGAGUCCCGACGACAUGAACUCAUUUUCCGGAUUAUCUCCACUGGAUAUGGAUCCAUUACCCAGCUUAUUUCCAUUCUCACCGUGUGGUGCAACGUAUAAAUCGGAACGUCCUACUCACGAUAUGGCCGACGUGCUUUUGUCUUUGAAACAUGCAGUUUUGAAACCUAGUCCUGAACCCCAACAAAUGCAAAGCCAAAGUCAAUCGUACGGUCAUCAUCCUCAAGCAUCGCUGUCAUAUACAGUGCAUCCACAAAUGUUAGUUUCACCUAGUCAUCAGUCACAAGUUCAAAAUUCGAAUUAUGGUUCGUCGAGCUACUACGAUUCGGCAUGCGGACAACAUCCGCCAUCCAUUUAUCCUAGUAUGAGUGUCAAUGUAAGCAUGAAUAUGACAAUGCACGGAUAUGGUGAAGCGAGUGUUCCAAUGCAAUGUUCACAAAUGCAAUGGACACCACAAAAUCCAUCGUCAUCGGUUAACGUGCUCUAUCCACCGUUAUUAAGUCCCGGACAUUAUCCUAGCAGUGCAACAUAUUCGUUUACAGCGGAUUUUCGUCCGCCUGGUCCUACACCAACGAUGAAUUCGAUGAUCGAUAAUAUGAAAAUAUCGUCUGCGUCACCACCUCGAUCGUACUAUCAAUCAAACGUGAACUAUUCCCCUCCGAUAAGUCCGACCUACGGACAGAUGAAAAUUCGGACUGGUGCAAAGAGCAUUGGAUUUGACGAAGAGGACAGCAACGACGGCAUUCAAUCGGACUCAAAACCAAAUCUAUGUCGUCUAUGUGGUAAAACGUAUGCUCGGCCCAGCACUCUGAAAACCCACCUUAGAACCCAUUCCGGAGAACGUCCGUACAGGUGUCCCGAUUGCAACAAAAGUUUCUCUCAAGCAGCAAAUUUAACAGCCCAUGUACGCACACACACAGGUCAAAAACCGUUUCGUUGCCCAAUUUGUGAUAGAAGGUUUUCGCAAAGUUCGAGUGUAACAACGCACAUGAGAACCCAUUCCGGAGAACGUCCAUACCGAUGCCGUUCGUGUAAAAAAGCCUUUUCAGACAGCUCAACUCUUACAAAACAUCUACGAAUCCAUAGUGGCGAAAAGCCAUACCAAUGCAAAUUAUGUUUACUGAGAUUCUCUCAAUCGGGAAAUUUGAAUCGUCAUAUGCGAGUCCAUGGAUCGAAUGGCAAUUUGAUGACAUGACAUCGACAAGUCGGACGGCAUUGCAAUCUGGGCAACAUGGGCUUCGUCGAUGUGAAGCAAUAUCAGUGUGUUUAUUCAGCGCAAACAAUUUCGUGUGGAGAUGAGAGUCUGAAAAAGAAGCCAGUGGAUAAUGGCGGAGGAUUUUGCUUGAAAAAUGGCUACGGCAAUUUAUUUUAGAGAA